UCGAAGAACAGCAAGAUUGCGUGCGGUUGAUAAGAGUGCCAACCCCCAGGUCUUAAAAGCUUGACAUACAAUCCUGUGCAUUUCCUCAUUCUUGCAGUUUAGUAGCACAUUCAACAACCCGCCUUGGAUGUAGAAGUUUUAACUAACUGGGAAGUUUGUAUGUUUAAGGUGUUCAGUGAAUGGGUCGGAAGGAGCUAGCCACAAGUUAUCAAAAAGCGCGUGUUUCUUGAGAAAUUCCAUUGACUGCACCUGUGAAUUUCUUAAACUUUGUGGACGGACUCACUGGGCACCUGAAGGUAGAGGUAACUCUGUUCACACCAUCUCAGAGGUGGCCCUUGAAGAAUUACAAAAAGCUUCCAUGAUGAAGAGAAAUGAGAAAUAUAGUUCUUUACCUAUUCGAGAAAAAGGGGUGGACAUCAUUCACAUCAAGGCCAUUGAGGACAUUGGAUAUGUCCAAACAGAUGCCACGAUUUUAAACACUCUGGUUCCUGAACAGGACUCCGGCAGCCAACAAGGCUUGUACUUCCAAGAUGGGAGCAGGAGGGUGGAUUACAUUCUUACCUACCAGAUCAAGAAAUCAGGGGCCUUCAGGAAGCAUCCGACACGCCACGGAGACAAUGCCUCUAAGCGUUCCACCAAGAAAGACCAGCCUCUCCCUAGCCAGAAAAAUGACCCUGAGAUUGGAGAGCAGAACCUCAGUACAGAUUACCACGAGAAUGACAAGCGAUUCCGCAGGGAAGAGUUUGAAGGCCACCUCUUGGAGGCUGGCCUAGAACUGGAGAAGGACGAGGAUACAAAAACCUACGGGAUAGGAUUUGUGAAAAUACACGCUCCUUGGCAUGUGCUCUGUAGAGAGGCAGAGUUUAUGAAGCUCAAAAUGCCAACCAAAAAGGUGUAUGAGGUUAACCACAGCAAUAACUUUGUGGAGAAAAUCAACACCUUUAUUUAUAAAGUAACAGAACCACUUCAUCCCAAUUUGGAAGAAAAAAGAAUAUCUUCAGUGAAGCACCUCUCCUAUCCUUUCUCAAGAGAAAAGCAGCACUUGUUUGAUUUAUCAGACAAAGAUUGCUUUUUUGACAGUAAAACAAGAAGUACAAUAGUUUAUGAAAUACUGAAGAGGAUAACUUGUAUUAAAGCCAAAUACACCAUGGGGAUUACCAGCCUGCUUGCCAAUGGAGUUUAUAAUGCAGCCUAUCCCUUACAUGAUGGUGAUUGUGAUGGUGAAAAUGCUGAGCCUAACGACAGAAAGCUUUUGUAUGAAGAAUGGGCAAGCUACAGUGUAUUUUACAAAUACCAGCCUAUUGAUUUGAUCAGGAAAUAUUUUGGGGAGAAAAUUGGUCUGUACUUUGCCUGGCUUGGCGUUUACACACAGAUGCUUAUCCCAGCAUCCCUGGUUGGGAUUAUAGUGUUCCUCUACGGCUGUGCUACUGUGGACGAUGACAUUCCUAGCAUGGAGAUGUGUGACAAUCGUAUCAACAUCACAAUGUGCCCCCUGUGCGAUCGAACCUGCAGCUACUGGAAGCUCAGCACUGCCUGUGCCAUGGCACGUGCCAGCCAUCUCUUCGACAACCCAGCUACUGUCUUCUUUUCCAUCUUCAUGGCACUGUGGGCUGCCAUGUUCAUGGAGCACUGGAAGAGAAGACAAAUGAGGCUCAAUUACAAAUGGGAUCUGACAGGCUUCGAGGAAGAGGAGGAAGCAGUCAAGGACCACCCAAGAGCUGAGUAUGAAUCCAGAGUUAUGAAGAAAUCAAUGAAAAAAGAGCACAGAAAAAGAAAGACUGAGAAAGAGAAGCUGACCUGGAGGGACAGAUUCCCUGCCUAUAUGACAAACGCUGUCAUGAUUCUGUUCAUGAUCGGUCUGACGUUUGCUAUAGUGUUUGGAGUGAUCCUCUACCGGAUCUCCACAGCUGCAGCGCUGGCUAUGAGCUCCAGCCCAAGCACCAAGUCCAAUGUGCGGGUCACUGUUAUGGCCACAGCCGUCAUCAUCAACCUGGUGGUCAUCCUGAUCCUGGAUGAACUCUACGGGUACAUUGCCAGAUGGCUGACUCUGAUUGAGGUCCCAAAAACUGACAAAAGCUUUGAGGAGAGGUUGAUUUUCAAGGCAUUCGUAUUGAAGUUUGUGAAUGCAUUCACACCUAUAAUGUAUGUUGCUUUCUUCAAAGGAAGGUUCAUUGGCCGUCCAGGAAACUAUGUCUAUGCAUUUCAGUCUUUCCGAAUGGAAGAGUGUGCACCAGGAGGAUGCCUCAUGGAGCUAUGUAUUCAACUCAGUAUCAUUAUGCUGGGUAAACAGCUCAUCCAGAACAACCUGUUUGAGAUUGGAAUUCCCAAACUGAAGAAGCUGAUCAGAUACUUCAAAUCAAAAAGAACAUCUGUGCCGGAGGAAGAACAUAACAAGACACUACAGCGCUAUGAGGUUGACUACUAUCUGGAGCCAUUUGCAGGGCUUACACCAGAGUACAUGGAAAUGAUGAUACAGUUUGGAUUUGUUACUCUGUUUGUGGCUUCAUUUCCACUGGCUCCCCUGUUUGCAUUGUUAAACAACAUCAUUGAGAUUCGCUUGGAUGCUAAGAAGUUUAUAGCAGAACUCAGGAGACCAGUGGCUGCACGAGCAAAAGAUAUUGGUAUCUGGUACAACAUUCUAAGAGUAGUGGCGAAACUGGCAGUCAUCAUUAAUGCAUUUGUGAUCGCGUUCACGUCUGACUUCAUCCCUCGCUUGGUGUACCUGUACAUGUACAGCACAGACGGCUCAAUGCAUGGCUUCAUCAACCACACCCUGUCCUACUUCAACGUCAGUGACUUCAAGUCAGGGACUGAGCCCAUUGAGCCCAUGCAGCUAGGCUACAAGGUGGAAAUAUGCAGGUUCAAAGACUACAGAGAGCCCCCUUGGUCAAUGAAUGGUUAUGACAUCUCCAAAGAAUUCUGGUCUGUCCUGGCAGCUAGAUUAGCGUUCGUCAUUGUCUUCCAGAAUCUGGUGAUGGUCAUGAGUGACUUUGUGGACUGGUUGAUCCCAGACAUUCCCAAGGACAUUAGUGUGCAGAUCCAUAAGGAGAAGGUACUCAUGGUGGAGCUGUUUCUGAAAGAAGAACAGAGCAAGCUGCAGAUGCUGGAGAACUUGAUAGCAAAGGGCAAGGAGCCCAAGAGCAUGGAGAAAUGUAACAACCACAGUCCUAUGAACCGACCACACUGCCACAAAGGGAGCAGCACUACUUUGCAUUCACAAAACAUUGAUGUAUAAGAGAUGGCUUUAAAAAAAAAAAAAAAAGAGCAUAACGUUCAAAUUGUUAUUUGCCUGUGCAUUCCAUAGAGUGAUAUGUACUUGAAAAGAACGCUUGACUGGACAGCAUCAUGGUCCGAUCACAGUCCUGUCAUUGUUCAGUUAAAGCAAUGAUCUUACAAAUGUGGAGGACCACAUUAUGAACACAGUGUUUUUUUUUUUGUUUGUUUGGUUUUUGUUUUUUUUUGCACAAAACAAUCCAGCACAGGGAAAUGUGUACAGAAUAAAAAAAAAUAAAUGUAUUUUUGUUUUAUUUUUAUUUUUUAAUUAAAACAAUGCUAUCAUUGGUUAUGAUCCUUAUGAAACUGAUUUUUGCUGUUAUUAAAAUAUGUAAAAAUCUAAUCUUAGAAUCAGCGAACAAACACCAAACAGUAAUAUAAUAAUGAAAAAAAUGCACCUUGUGCUUUCAGAUUUUUUUUUAAUAUUUUUUUUUUACAAAUUGUAAUUGAGAAUGUUUCCUGCUUUUUAAACUGUUCAUUGGAAAAAUAUAAAUGUUAUAUAUUAAUGAAAUAUGUUUGAAUAUGUAUAUACCCAAUCGCUACAUGAAGGUCAUAGAUCCUGACCUAUUAGCCCUUUGCUCUCUGUCUCUGGAGUUAUGGCUGUAUAAGUGGUAUGUGUGGAGGUACGAUGUUGAGGAUAGAAGUGAGCACUUUGACAGGUUAUAUAUGAAUUAUUUAUAAAUAAACCCAUACAUGUAAAAAGCCAUUGGUUAGACUUGCGGGGGGGGGGGGGGGGGGGGGGGGACGACAGAUCAUCUCACAAAACAGCACAUUGGUCUCCUGAUAACUUUUGUUGAAAUAACUAUCGGGAACGAUAGAUGUAUGUUUUCAGGUGGUUUCCUCUUAGAUGUACUUUGUGAAAAAAAAAAGAAACACUCUUACGCAAAAUGAUAAAAAAAAAUGCAAUUAAUUGUUUUUAAAUCAUUAGAAUAAGCCAUUCGCCCAUUCUGUAACUGUUUAAUGCAAGCUAGUGCUUACAGUAAAUUAUAUUUAUAUUCAUAACCUUAAGGUGUGUCAGUUACUUAAAAUCUGACGGUCUACUAUGUUCCAAAUAUGUAACAUUGGCAUCAGCAAUACAGUACUACAUUCAUUUAAAUUGACAUGUUUUUUAAUGCAUUCGUCAACAAUUCCAACUUUUAAUUUCUUUCAAGAUAUUGUUUGUAUUUUCUAUAUUGUAUAUACCUCUCCACUCCCCUUUAAUGUUAGGCGUGAAUGUUUUUUAAAACUAUGUAACAUACUUCAAGUUUCCCCCUGAAACUAAUCUGAGGGGAGCAGGCUGAAAUCAUUGACCUUAUAGAGUAUAGACUAAGCCUGGCUUUGGAGAGAUGCACACAGCAGCAUAUUCAUUUAUGAAGGGAGUUUGUGGAACAACAAGGAAGUCUAAGACAUCUUUCAUAAAAGAAUCACUCAAUUCUUUUUUUAUCACUCAAUUCUUACAUCAUUAUCGUGUACGUAUUAUGUACUUAAUAAUAAUAAUAAUAAUAAUAAUAAUAAUAAAAACAGCAGAUUCUUUAGUAAGAUUUAGGAAAUCUAAGAUUGAGCUUACAUCUACUAAUUAAACUGUUUAUUCAUGGUAUAUGACUACUUGCGGUACAUUAAUCCUGGUAUUUGGUGAAACCUUGAAAUGUGGUUUGUUUUUGGUUUUUAUUUAGUUUUUUUUGUUUUUUUUGCUUCCUUUGCUAUGCAACUGAUAAACUGGGGCUAUUUUAUAUGUCAACUAUUUAUCCAGAAGUAGAAAAUCCUAUAAUUACAAUUUCUUCGCAUAAUAUUUUUAUUGUAUCUAACAAAAAGAAAGAAGUUGUAACUGUAUACAGAUCUACUUUUUUUAGUUUUGA